AUGACUUAAAAUUUAGAAAAUGUAUACAAUGAUAUUUCAAGUUUUCUUACAAGAGAAAUUAGAGAAAAAGGAUUAUGGGGUGAUUUUGUUGCAAAGGCAGAUGAUUAAAAAUUUAUUACAUUUCCUAAUUUUGAAGAAGUUGUUAAAAAUAUAAUUAUUGAUAUAAGCAUAGAUGAAAUAGUAGCAUUAAAAGAGAAAUUAUUUAUUUAAGGAACUACAAGUUUAGCUGCAUUAGCAAAAGCAUUAAGGAUUAAUAUACUUGAAUAAAAUAAAAAAAAAACAUAGAUUAUAUUAAAUUCAAGUUAAGAUCAUAUGGAUGGUUCUUAAGGAUCAUCUGAAUAAUAAAAUUAAAUUAAUCCUCAUCAAAAUAUUUUUCAAUCAUAAUAAUAUUAACAAGGAAGUUCAUAACAUAUUAAUAUGUCAAGUUCUUCUAGUUAAAGAUCAAUCAAUGUUCAUAAUGUUCAUAAAUCUAUAAAUAAUGAUAAACGAUAAUUUUAACGAUAAGAUUUAUAAUAACUUUCACAACAAGAGAAUUAUAUAGAAGAAUAUAAAAGAUAGAUAGCUGAAAAUAAAUAAGAAGAUAAUGUUUCUGAACAUUAAAAUAAUGAUGAACAAUAACCUGUAUAAUCUUAAUUAUAAAAACCAGUCAGAUUAUAAAAAGAAGUUAAUGAAAAUAAUGAACCUACUUUAGAUUAAUAGAUUGAAGAUUUAUUUAAUUCAAUUGAUACUAAUAAUAAUGGAUGGUUAGAUCCAAAAGAAUUAAAUAUGGCUUUAUUAUAACUUGGUAUAAAUCCAACACCUUAAGAAUUAGAUUAAUAUUUUAAAAUAUUUGAUAAAAAUCAUGAUGAAAAGAUUUCUAAAAUGGAAUUUAAUGUAAUUAUUAAGGAUUAAUUAAUGAAAGCUAUAUUAUCUACAGAUGAACUCUUUUCUUAAAUUUAGAGUGAAUAUAAUAUAUUAACAGAUGCAAAUAGAAAUGAAUUAGAUAUGGCUCAAUUAUAAUAAGUUUUUAAGAAAUUAGGUAUUUUAUUAGACAAUAAUGAUCUAUGUGAUCUUUUUGAUGAAAUUGAUGAAGAUGGAAGUGGAUACAUAGAAUAAGAUGAACUUAUUAAUUUUUUAGAUAAACCAUUUUCAGAACAUUCUCCUAAAUCUUAAACUCUUUUAACUAAAAUUAAUAAUUUUAAGAAUCUUUCUAUUACAGGAAUAAGAGAAUUAUUUUAAGGAAUUCCUAAGAAUUUUACUUAUUCAUUUAUUUUUGCUCAAAAUAAAAAAGGUUUAAAUACAAUAUCAAGUUGUCUUUCACCAUAAUUAGAUAGUAGUGGAUUAUUAUAUUAAGAUUUAAAUUUAAUUUAAGCCUAAAAAUACAAUCUUUAAAGAUCCUUAAUAGAUAUGUAGAUUAUAAAUUAAAAAUAGGACUCAGACUCCACCUUUAGUCUUUUAUGAAAUUAAAUUUCAUUUAGCUGCAGGUUUACCAUCACCAGAUGAAAAGAAAUGUGAUUUAAAAUAAUUUAGAUUAAGAGAAGUAGCAAUGUGUUUAUUUGAUAAAGUAAAUUAAAAAUUUAUUGGUAAUACUGUCUUUGUACCAUGUUAAGUAGAUCCAUCAUCACCUGAUAAGUAAAUAUUGAUAAAAUUAUAAAUAGAUGGUAAUUUUUAAUUGAUUAUCCAAUAAUUUUAAGAUGUGUUCCAACAAAGAAAGAUUAAUAAUUAGUUUUAGUGAUUGAAUUUAUUGCUCAUAUGGAGAAAUUAGGUACUUUGAAUCCACUUUCAGUUAGUUAUGGAGAAAUCCUGUUAACAAGUAUUAAGAAACCAGGUAAAUUGAUUAUUUAGAUGAAUGGUAAUUAUAAUAAUUAUAAUAAGGUGGUUCACCUUUUAAUUAAAUGAUAAUUGAUCCUUAAUCAAUUAUAUAACCAAAGGGAUUAUUUAAGAAAUAAUUGAAUUAACCAUAAGUUACAAUUGAAUUUAUAGAUAUUGAAUUAAAGAAGCCUCCAAUAAUUUAAUUAUUUAGUGUUUUACCAUAGACUUAUUUAUUGCCUAAAAGUUGGCUUUAAUUGAUGCAUGAUUUUAGAGAGUAUUUCGCAUAUAAAUCAGUGUGUUAAGGGUUUUUUGAUAGUACUUUACCAGAUUAUAAGAUGAAGAGUCUAUUAGAUAUGUUAGAUAUGCCAGAAUGUGGUGAUUAGAUAGCAAAUUGGUGGAAUUAGAAUAUAAAGAUUACUAAUUUUAAGGAGAUAAUAAAUUUAGUGGAUAACUUAUGUUAGAGAGCAUAUUUGACAACUUAAAGAGUAGAUUUCUAUUUGAAAGCAUUUCCACCAGUUUAGAGGAUAAAUCAUAAAUAUUCAAUAUUAGAAAAGAGACGUAAUUGUUUAUAAGAGAUGUUUAGAGAUUUAGCUACAGUUUUGGGAAAGAGAACAGGAGGGUAAUAUUAUAAAUAUUAUUUAUUAGACGUAAAAAUGAUAAUUACUUUAAUAUGGAACCAUUAAUAUUAUGUACUUUAUAAGAUGAAGACAAAUCAAUGAUGGAUAAGAUUCUCAGUAGAAGAAGAUUAAAAUGA